AUGGUGUCGGGCUGCAAGAUUGGCCUAUCCAUCCUCAGCAGCGACCUGGCCAAUCUAGGGGCCGAGUGUGUCCAGAUGCUAGACUCAGGGGCCGAUUAUCUGCACCUGGAUGUAGUGGACAGGCAUUUUGUUCCCUACAUCACCUUUGGUCACCCUGUGGUAGAAAGCCUCCGAAAGCAGCUAGGCCAGGACCCUUUCUUUGACAUGCAUAUGAUGGUGUCCAGGCCAGAACAGUGGGUAAAGUCAAAGGUCGUAGCAGGUGCCAAUCAGUAUACCUACCAUCUGGAAGCUACUGAGAGCCCCGGGGCUUUGAUUAAAGACAUCCGAGAGAAUGGGAUGAAGGUUGGUCUUGCCAUCAAACCAGGAACUACAGUUGAAUAUUUGGCACCAUGGGCUAAUCAAAUAGAUAUGGCCUUAGUUAUGACAGUAGAACCUGGGUUUGGAGGACAGAAAUUCAUGGAAGGUAUGAUGCCAAAGGUUCACUGGUUAAGAACCCAGUUCCCAACUUUGGAUAUAGAGGCCGAUGGUGGAGUAGGUCCUGACACAGUCCAUAAAUGUGCAGAGGCAGGAGCUAACAUGAUUGUGUCUGGCAGUGCCAUUAUGAGUGAAGCCCCCAGAGCUGUGAUCAACUUGUUAAGGAAUGUUUGCUCAGAAGCAUUCCCUUGA